AAGAAGUGGAGGAGAACCAAGAAUGGUACACACGAGGUACGCGCGUACAUUACAAUCGCGAGCGCGGUACAGAGCAAACGAAAUUAUAGUGUGCACCGAGCUACAACCGGUCUUUUAAAUGGCUUUUUAAUUUGCCGUGCCGGCGUUACGGGAGCUUAAAUUCGAGUAAAUACGCUCGUUACGCGUGUAAAAGCCGGUAAAGUUUAUCAGUUUCAAGCAAUUUCGUGAACAGUGAACGGUUUGUGAAGGGAUUCAGAGAUUGGAUUCGUUAUCACUCAAGAAAAUUAUAGAGUUUAAAUCAACCAUAAAAAGUGCUCACAUCAGUGAAAUUAAAGUUCAAAAAUGAUUAGAUAGCAUUUUUACAAAGCCUAUGUUACGCGCCAUCUAAAACAAUUCUUGCUGGCCAAAAAUAGACUUGCUCUAGAGAAAUGAAUUUCGAUAUUUGAAAAUCACCGAGGAGAUUCGAACAUGAAGUCAAAUCAGUCAUGGAUUUUACUUGAAAUAUGGUUAAUGCCCCUAGUCUACGCCGCUGUGAUACCACCGCCAUGGGCUAAUCCGGACCUGAAUCCAUGUGCCCGACAAUCUAGAGGGUGGCAAGUUUUGUUUUGGCCACCGGAUAAGAAAUGUUACAAAAUAUUUAAGGUUGGAUAUCCUUGUCCUGAUGGUAUGGAACUCAGUCCAGCGACAAGCAGAAACGGCAAAGAAUUGUAUGCUGAGUGUAGGUGCCCUCCAGGACAAGCAUUCUCCAUAGAAGAAGGAAAGUGCUUUCAGCUUUUCACCCCUGGACCGUGCCAGCAGGGAUCUUAUUUCGGAUCAGAUGGUGAAUAUAAAAAUAACGUAACUACAUCAAUACAGAGGUUAGGUUCCUGUAAACAAAUAGCCACAUGUCCUGACGUUCACUCGAUCUUCUGGAUCAAAGACGGCAAAUGUUACCAAAAACUGACCAAAGGACCUUGCGCAAAAGGCCAACUGCUCACAAUGACAACUGGCAACAAACUCCCUGUCUGCGCAUGUGACAAAAGGAAAGAAUUGAGGCAAUUCAGGGCCAGAGACGGCAGAUGCUAUCAGCAUUUUACCAGAGGUCCUUGCAAAGAAAAAGGAACGCUGUUUUUGCCAGAUGGGACAUGCGGAUGUCACUCGUUUUUGCCUCAUUAUCAUAAACAAACAGACAAGUGCUUUGAAUUAGGCACUGUAGGACCUUGUUCAAAAGGCGAAAUCUUCACCGUCCUGCCUCAAACAAACAACGGAGGAUGCAUGUGUAAACCUGGCAACAUCCGAUACCUAGACAAUCCUUUCUGCCACCGUCCUUUUACAAGAGGACCCUGCAAAGCAAGUCACAUUCUUUUCAACCAAACUCACUGUCUACCACAACCCUGUGAAAAGGGAGAACUAUACUACCCCGAUGAAGACUCCUGCUUUAAAAUAGGUUCUAGAGGUCCCUGCCCAGCAGGAAGAAUCAUAUCGUUCGAUUUCGACACUAGGCCUUCCAUUGACGGUGUUUCGUACAACGGAGUAUGCAUGUGUGAGACAAAAAAUUGUAUAGAUGAAAACGCAGUAAAUAUAAGUGAUGAUAAAGAACAAGAGAUUGGCAAGGAAGAAGAGCGGAUGACUAAAAAAUCGAGAAAUAAAGACAUUUCAGAAGAAAAUGUUAAAUGUGAUAGCGACCGAGGUCAAAUUCGCUAUAAAAGUGGAUGUUUUAAAAUAUAUAGUCAUGAUCCGUGCGAGGAAGGUGCUUGGUUAGUUCCUACGAAAAGAAAAGAAGAUGAAGAUUUUGUAGGGAUAUGUGAGUGUACUCCUGGGCAUGUUAAAAAAGAAAAAAUUGUAGAAAAUAGACUAGAGUCCGAAUGUUUGUCCCAAACCUCCAUAUUGGCGGACUACCUCAAAAUGAAUUUUACUGUUAGUCAAAGGAUGUAAAAUUGUAUAGAAUGUUCAGCCAUCGUUCAACGUUACGUCAUAUAUUGUCAAACUUACUCAAUCACUUGACAACCAGAUGAAAGAGAUUGGUGACGUUAUUACGGCAUUCCGUUAAUUACUGCAUCUUCUUUUUGGUGUUAUAAUUUUAUUGACGGACAUUGGUAAAUGUCAAAAUUAAAAAUUGUUUAUCGUUGUGAAACAAAAUUCAAUUUUUUUAUUGCAAAAAUGCCUCAAAUAUUUAACUAAAAUGAAUAAGAGCUCUUUGCUAAGCUUAUAAAUUAUUUUUCUCCAGUAAUAGAAGCUGGUAGAACACUCUUGCCCGUGGACGCCGUAUAUGAAGUCGAAUGCAAAGAUCUAAUGUAAAAUAUAAAUUUAUAGCUUUUUUUAAUAAUAUAGCGAGUUGCUGAUGCUUUAGAAAUAAGAAUUUCAACAGUCCAAAGGAUUCGAACUAAAGGGAUCUUAACUGAUGAAGAGUUCAAGAAAAAAUUAAUAAAAUAUAAUAAUAUUAAAUAAAAAAUAUAUAAUAAAAUAAAAGUAAUAUAUGAACGUACUUAAACUUUCUAAACAAUAUGAAAUGAUCUCAGACACCCCUAAAAUUCAUAUUUGACAAACAAUAAUGACGUAACGUUGAACGAUAGCUGGCCAGCCUUUAUAUUUGUGUUCAAAACUGUGAUUUAUAUUUGCAAAGCAGCAACUUGGUUUGCAAACAAAAAAAAAGCCAUAAAAAUAAAAUU